AUGGAAAGUACAACUGCAACAGUUGGUAAGGCUACGCAGGCCGUCUAUCCAUUAAAUGUUCAAACUAAAACUAAAGUUCAACAUGUUGUGGGUGAGGACUUAGGCGAUAAAAUCGUUACAGAAAAGGUUGUGCAAGAGGUUGUCGAAAUGGAGAAUGAGGUACCGCAUGAAAGUGCUACCGAACCUCCUAAUGCGAUUGGUAUACCUGUUACAUCAACUAAUGAUUUCAAUCCGAAAAGUAUGAACGUGGCAACACCAAAUGUGGGUGCUCCCCAUGAAAAGAUUCUCGUUCGCACAGCACAAGAGAAUGUCUUGGCAACACCCCGUCAUGUGAUUGAAAAACGUCAUCCAUUGACUGCCAAUGGAAAGGAAGACGACGUAGAUCCCACCCAUUAUUUUCCUUGGGCCCAAGUGGGGUCAUUUGCCGAGAGUGGGAAAGGGUCGCCUAUAACUUCUAAUACGAAGUUGGUUAAAGCUUACAUUAGGGAGCGUCUGUACAAUGACUGGUACAAUAACGUGGGAAAUGUGGCUGGAACCUGUAUUUUUUCCUGGUUUAUUGCUUACAUGGGUUUCGGCUGGUGGGCUUUAAUAGGAGUGUUCUUUGUUACUGCCUCUGUGUACCGUGCAACUAGUCGCAGAUUCCAGAGGAAUGUCAGAGACGACUUGUUGAGAACCACCGUUCACGAAACGCUUGCGGAAAGGUAUGAGAGUGUGGAGUGGCUCAAUACCCUUUUGUCGAAAAUUUGGAUUAUAUAUAUGCCUGUGAUAUCGGAGAAGACCAAAGAAACCGCGAAUCCUCAAUUGGCAGGUGCUGCUCCUGGCUAUGGUAUAGACACAUUGUCACUUGACGAAUUUACCCUUGGCACUAAGGCUCCAAUGAUUGAAAGCAUCAGGUCAUAUCCAAAAAAGAGUGAGAGCUUCACUGAAAUGGACUGGAAAUUCUCUUUUAUGCCAAGCGAUGAAUCUAACAUGACUCCUCAUGAGGCCAAACAUAAGGUAAAACCAAAGAUAUCCUUAGGUGUUUCCGUUGGUAAAGGUAUAGUUUCUAAAUCUCUGCCAGUGCUUGUUGAGGAUAUUAACGUUGCGGGCAAUUUGCGUGUUACAUUACACUACGGUGAUGUUUUCCCUAAUAUCAAAACUGUUUCUGUUUCUUUGUUGGAACCACCAUUGAUUGACUUUGCCUUGAAGCCUGUUGGUGGUGAUACUUUGGGUUUAGAUAUCAUGACAUUUUUGCCUGGAUUAAAGACUUUUGUUAAGACCAUGAUAGACUCAUUUGCACGUCCAAUGCUUUAUGCACCUAACCACUUCGAUAUCGAUGUAGAAGAAAUAAUGGCAGCCCAAUCAAGUGAUGCAAUAGGUGUUGUUGCAGUCACUUUGCAUUCCGCACAGGGUUUGAAGCCAUCUAACUCAUUGAACUCGUUCAUUGAGUUAACUACAGACAGGCCUGUCACAACUGUUGACGAAGAGGUCCGUACUAAAACACAAAGGAAUACUCCUACAUGGAGUGAAACAAAAUACCUCAUGGUGAACUCUUUAGAACAAAAGUUAUACUUAAAAUGCUUCAAUGCCGCUGGCCGUAAAAACAAUCUAAUUGGCGAAGCUGUGUUUGAGCUAAAUGAAUUAUACCAAAAAUCGGAACAAAGAGGCCUCGUUACAGACUUGAAGAACAACGGCAAAACAAAAGGCGCUUUGAAAUACGACCUAGUCUGGCACCCAGUAAUUGGUAAGGAAAAGAAACCGGAUAUUCCGAAGAUGAGCAAAGAUAUUUCUUCUUCAGUAGAUGAGGAUGGAAGUACCGAAGUUGAAAACCAAGACGUUGAGAAUUCAGAAGAAGAGGAAGAAAAGAGUAAAAGCCUCGACACUGGUAUCUUGAAGUUCACUUUGCACAAGGUGAAAUACUUGAACACCGGUAGCUCUGUUACUGGCGUGUUGUCUCCAUCAGCAGACUUGUUUAUUGACGAAAAGAAGCAAAAAUACUAUAAAACAUUACGUCGGAUGAAUGAACCAACCUGGGAAGAGUCAAUAGAGAUCUUUGUUCCAUCUCGACGGAAUUCUGAAAUUAGUUUGAAAAUCUAUGAUGAACAUGUAACUGGCAGGGAAAUGAUCUGCGAAUAUUCUAGUGUUAUAGAUCAAUUCUUGGAACAAGCGGAAGAAGGAAAGGAGUUCGUUAAGGGUAACCCUCAAGGUGAGAUUUAUUUUACUGCUGUAUGGAAACCUGUCGAUGUUCCAGAAGGCGCCUUCGGUGCCUCUAAUGCAAUGCACGAUCCUUUGGGUGUUGCCAGGUUACAUAUUCGUGAUGCACUUGUCUCGGAACCUGGAUUCAGUGGUGAUAUCGAUACUUACUUUGUUGUUUCUACCGACAAAACCGUUAUUUAUAAGUCGAAUUACUUUGCCAAGAACCCAGAGCCUAUUUUUAACAACGUCAUUUACGUUCCUAUCACCUCUGAUAAUCAAAUCGUCACAAUUGAUUUGUAUGAUUUUCAAAGAAUUGGUAAAGAUCGUUUUAUUGGUGGUUGUCAUUUUAAGGCUGGAAAUAUAAUGGCUGGAGAUUUUGCAACAGGGAAGUUGCAACCAGCUGGCUCUGACAACAAAAUAUUGGAAUGGAACUUGUGUGAUAAGGAAAGGAAUGUGACGGCAAAUAUAGUUAGAACAUCUGUUACCUUUAUUCCAACAAUAUCAGUGUUUGCACCAAAUGAGAUGGAGAAAGUUGCUGAACUUGAAAAGAGGGUUAUCGAAAAGGAGAAGAAGUUUGAAGCUGAACAAGAGGCUCUAAGGAAGGAAAUGGAAGAGAACCCUGAUGAGUAUGAAAUUGUUGAAAUUGAUGUAGAUGAUAAAGAAGCUGCUCUGUUAAACAAAAAGGAGAAAAUGUCAUUUGAGGAGCUAAUUAAGUAUAAUUCUGGUGUCAUAAGUUUUAGAGUAAGCAAUGGUAAAUUGCACAAGGGUAGCCAUUUACAAAUAUUAUGUGAUGAGUUUCCCUACCCAGCAUUUGUCAGUAACAAGGCUAAUAAUGGUAUGAUAGCUGCUGAACAUGGCGAAUAUUUCGUGCGUGAUUUGCAACAUAGUAUUACCUGUUUUAGAGUUACAAGUGUUCCCAUUGUGAAGGAUUCAGAUGAUGUUGUUACAGAGAUAAAUAUUCCUACGCUACGUCUAUUGACUCAGAGUUAUAAUGAACCAUUCACAGUUGGGCUAAAAGGUUCAGCUGUGGAUGUUGAAAUGAUAUACUCUCCUACAACCAUCACUCUACCAUUAUCUGAAACUAUAGUGGACACUGGUGUGAUGGAAAUAGAGGUUGUUUCAGCUGCGAACUUACCAUCGCAUGAUAGAAACGGUCUAUCCGAUCCAUUUGCAGUUAUUAAGUUAGAUGGUGCCAAGCUAUUUACCACAGAAACAAUUAAAAAGACCUUAUCACCCAGUUGGAAUGCGAAAACAACUAUUCCAAUUCCUUCAAGAGCUAGAAAUAAAUUGGUCAUUGAGGUGUAUGAUUGGGAUAGAGCUGGUUCUAACACUUUACUCUGCUCAACCGUAUUAUCACUGACUGCUCUGUCUAUUAAUGAGCCACAGUCUUUUACCCUAGAUUUGACUCCACAGGGUAUGGUUAACGUUAGAACGCUAUUCAAGCCUGAGUAUAUCAGACCUGCCGUUAAUGUUGCAGAGGGUAGUCUUGUUUCUAUGCCAUUCAAAGCCGUAGGCACAGUCGCAAACUUUGGUAUUGGUGUCGCUGGCGCUGGUGUCGGCGUAGCAACAGGGGCCGCUGGAACUGUUGCAGAUUUGGGUAUUGGCGGCAUCCAGAAGGGUGGUCGCUUGUUAAAAGGUAUUGGAGGUUUUAAUAAUAAGCAUUCAAAGGGUAGUAGUGUCGAUGGCAGUGAACAGCCUGAUUUGCCAAAAAUUAAGGUUGAAUCGCAUGACAAUGAACCACCUAACGCGGUUCCAAAGCUUAGCGUUGCACCAUCUUCUCCUGUAAAUCAUCACAAUCGCCGACUAUCGCAGGCUAUUAACUCUCAAGUAGAAAGUGAUGAUCAUAGAGCCCCUGGUGCUACUUCAAAUAAUUCUGACGUGCUAUAUGAGUUGUCCAGUGUUGAUGGUCCACCAGGACCUAUUCCAAGAAACAGGGCAUUUUCUCGUACAAGUAGCUUCAGUCGCGGUGUGCCUGCACAUGCCAAUAUCCGUGGAAGUUUGACACUAAUUGCGGCUGAAAACCUAGGAAAGUCAGUUCAAAUUAGAAUAUCACUAGUAAGAGAAGGAAAGUUAAAACAUGUCUACAGGACAGAGAAGCAGAAAGCAGACGCCAACGGUACUUGUUUUUUUAACGAAACAUGUGAGUUCCGUGCUCCUCCAGAGGCAAAUCUAAUAUUUAGCGCUGUUUCACACCACACUUUUAGCAAGGACACUAAACUUGGUGUGGCCCAAGUGAAUCUAGCAGAUCCUCAGUUGAGACAAGAUGGUCAAAUUCUCAUAAAACUGGGCACCGGGCAUAUAAUAUUUAAACUACAGUAUGAUGGAGGACUUCCACCUGUUCCAGCUUUACCAGCUGAAUUACAACAAACUUUAAAAUAA